AUGUCCGACGACGAGUGGCGCGCGAAGCUCGAUCCCUUCGCGUACCAAGUGCUCCGCCGCGAGGCGACCGAACGGCCGUUCUCGAGCCCGCUGUAUAACGAGAAACGCGCGGGGACGUUCGUGUGCGCGGGGUGCGGGAGCGAGCUGUUCGACAUGAGCACGAAGUACGACAGCGGCACGGGGUGGCCGUCGUUCUACGCGCCCAUCUCGGCGGACGCGGUGACGGAGGUGCCGGACUACUCGAUCGUGUUUCUCCCGCGCACCGAGGUUCGGUGCGCCAAGUGUCAAGGACACCUGGGGCACGUGUUCAACGACGGGCCGAGGGAGACGACGGGGUUGAGGUACUGCAUGAACGGCGUCUCGCUCGCGUUCGAGUCCGCGGCGUGA